UGUUUCCGGAAUAUAGUGAUGCAAACUGCUUGUUCAUGGAGACGUUAAUCAGUGGAGGUUGCCCAUGUGAAGUUCCUCUUACUAUUAACCAACAGAGUGACUAUUGCCUCCAUCCAGCUAGUCAUGCACGGAUGCUUCUUGGAAAGGAAUUCUUGAGGUUUGAUGCCACGAAUCGCACAACUCUGAGGGGGUUCCACCUAGUUGUGCGUUUCAUUUGAUAACAUAACACUUACCUAAUAAGUCCGAGGAUUCACCACAAAUGACAUGAUAUGAUCCAUACUACCAUUGGCGACACCUGCAGGGGCGAAUGCUUUUACACCAACUGAAACGGGCUAGAAGCCCCACUUUCUUAUAAUGUCGUCGGUCAAUCACACGGUAUCCCCAAUCGUUGGAUUUGUGCCUUAAAUUAACAAGGCGUUGGAUUUGUGCCUCAAAUUAACAGGGCAACCUAUCAUAAUGUUAUAGGAUGUCACAUUAGUUAGAAACUUAAUUGAAUUUUCAUGUUGUAACUAUCGAAUUUGAAUUUUAAGGCAAAUGAGAGAAGUGUGAGAAACAUAAGGAUAAUUACUUUUUAUUGUGUUGGUUAUUAUGUAAAAGUGUUUUUUGAAUUUGUAUUUUUAAGAUAUAAAUUAAUUAAAUAAAU